CUUCGGUGCGCGCUGGCGCUCCUCCUUUCGCGUCAUCCCGUGUAACGUAGCUGCGGAAAGAAACAAAAUCUUCGCGCUCUAGAAGUUUCUCGGGUGUCGCCGUGAUGGCGGAGGCCGCGGUGUGCGACUCGAUACGGCUGUCGGAAGGCGACGUCGACCAGGACCCCGCGGCCGCCCUGCAGAAGCUGACAGCGGCCUUGGAACAGAAGCCAGAUGAUGCAGAGUAUUACUGUCAACGAGCUUAUGCUCACAUUCUUUUACAAAAUUACCAUGAGGCCAUUACAGAUACCAAGAAGGCCCUAGCACUUGACCCCAGUAAUGCUACAGCCUUUCUCAGACAAGGGAUAGGUGAAUACCACAUGAAAAACUACGCUUCUGCACUGAAAUCUUUCAUCGAGGGACAAAAACUGGAUAGUGCCGACCCAGCGCUUGCUAUUUGGAUUAAAAGAUGCGAAGAAGUCAUCAGUACAGGAUUACAGACAGAAGUGAGCUCGCAAAAUCCAUUACGACCAUCCAAGAUCAAGUUUGACUGGUACCAAACAGAAUCUCAUGUCAUUGUAACGCUUAUGGUCAAGAAUGCGAAGAAGGAUGAUGUAAAUAUACAGUUUUUUGAGAAAGAGCUAAAUGCAUUGGUGAGACUUUCAUCAGACGAAGAGUACAGCUUGCAGCUUCAUCUUCUUCAUUCCAUAGUUCCAGAACAAAGCACAUUCAAAGUGCUUUCAACCAAGAUUGAGAUAAAAAUGAAGAAGCCAGAAGCUGUACGAUGGGAGAAACUGGAGGGACAUGGAAGUUCUCCUAAGCUAAAACAAUCUGCACCAGUUUCAGAUUGUACGCACUUAUAUCCAUCAUCGUCUCAUUAUACAAGGAACUGGGACAAAUUGGUGGUUGAGAUCAAAGAAGAAGAAAAGAAUGAGAAGUUAGAGGGUGAUGCAGCUUUAAACAAACUCUUCCAGCAGAUCUACUCGGACGGCACAGAUGAAGUGAAACGUGCCAUGAAUAAAUCUUUUAUGGAGUCUGGUGGGACAGUUUUGAGUACAAACUGGUCUGAUGUGGGUAAAAGGAAAGUAGAAGUCAAUCCUCCAAAUGAUAUGGAAUGGAAAAAAUUCUAACUUGUUCAUGUGCCACUCUGUGCUGCCCAUAUUUAUGUAUUUUCCAUUGUGUGUGGACACAGCAUUAUUGGAGCUGAAACACUGAAUGUUUGGAGAUUCCUGUCCUCAUAUCUGUAUGUGAUCUAGGAAUUUCUUUAUCUGCAGGUUUUAGAGGUGUAAUCAGGAAUUGAAGCCUCUUCUCAUCACUACUGUCGGUGAAGGGUUUUUAUUUUUAAAGAUAGUUUGAACCUAGUCAUAACAUGCAUUUUCUACUGGCUUACUUGGUUAUGUAUUUGGGGAGUUUUCAAGACCUUCAAUGGACUGCUUAGGAUUAUUGCCUUAUUAAUGCACACAAUUCCUGUUCAGUAAUUUAUUAGCGCUAGAGAUUUUGGGAUAAACACACUCUUCAGCUACAGUGUUAAGAUUCAUUUGCUGCUUAACUCUGCAUACAAAUAAAGUUGUAAAUAUAUAACUUUUCCAUAAAGAA